AUUAUGCGGAACGAUAUGCUUCAAGCAAGGAAGGUGUUGGAAGCACAACAGAUAGGAUGGAUGGUGAAGCAGAAGGCCCUGGAUGACUACGUCAAGCAGCAUGACCCUCACUACAGCUACACCCUCAAGAACAAGGAGGACAGGCCAGAUGUCACCAUCUAUACCCUCAACAUGACCUCCCUGAAGUGGCUGGAUGAUUCUGAAGUGGAUGCGACAGUUUGGUGGCAUGAACUGACCAUUGUUGUCCCCCAAAACCCCAAAAUGACGAACUUGUGUUUGCUGAUGAUUGGGAAUGGAAGAAAUGAUGAUGUCCCUCAACCCAUGGACUUAAGGGUUGAUGAAGCCAUUAUGACAGCAAAAUCUGCUGGGUUUUGCACAGCUAUUUUGAGGCAGAUCCCAAACCAGCCAAUUACCUACCAUAAAAUCGCUAUGCAAAAAUGCAAGAACGGCAUUGAAGAUUAUGCCGUUUUUUGUUCAUGGCGGAAGUUCAUAAUUGACAAGAUGGCACAGCCAGAUGUGUUGAUUCAGUUCCCAAUGGUCAAGGCCACUGUGCGGGCCAUGGACACCAUAACAGCGUUCUUACAGAAAGAAUCUGCUGGAAAGAUGAACAUUGCCAAGUUCAUGUUGACAGGUGGUUCCAAGCGUGGCUGGACUAGCUGGCUUGCGGCAGCCGUGGAUGAAAGAGUUGUGUCCUUUGCUCCACUUGUAUUUGAUUUUUUGAAUAUCAUUAAGAGCUGGCAUCAUCAAUACCGAGCGUACUGUGGCUGGACAUUUGCAUGGCGGCACAUACAUGAACUGAAAAUUACUCGGAAGUUGGACACUCCGCGGUUCAAGAUAUUAACUUCGCAUGUUGAUCCACUUGUCUUGCUAUCCUUUUUAUGA